AUGGCGGUGUCAUCUCAUCGAAUAUUAGACCUGGUCAAAGCCCAGUGUCGUAUUUUCUCGUUGAAUUUCAACCCGCAAAGACUUCGUUUAGGAAAUAAGGUCUUACGACAGAGACUGCGUGGACCGGCGCUUGCAGCAUGGUAUCCCAAAAAAACAGUAUCAUUCCGAGAUUUGCAAGAUACAUAUAAACCCAUUGGUUUAACAACUUUCGAUGAAGCCGAGGACGAUAGGGAGGAGGCAAUUCAAAUCGCGAAAUUGCGAGGGAAAGGUAGACCGAAGAAGAAAAGGACAGCUGCAGAAUCCAGAUCAGCGAAGAAGAAGAAAUAG